AUGAUAUGUUUUCUCAUCGCCUUUGCGGCCUUCGGUUGCACCGAGGUGCUACAAAAAGGCCGGGACAACUGGAAUCAGCCGCUCUGGCGACAGCUGAAAGGCGCAAGUUGGCUCUUCAGCUCGCCGGACGGCUUCUGGCGCUUCGCUAACAACGACCUGGAGCUAGCCGAGCACUUGGGGCACAUCCAGUCGUCGGAGCCACAUGCAGGAAAGCUGCCACACCAGGUGCUUCAAUGGCAGCACCAUGAUGGAAGUGCUUGGUACAAUGACCGUGGCAUCAAGGUCACAACGUCUCCAAAUGAUUUUGAAGCAUUUUGUCGGUCAGAAGAUGCCGAGGAACAUAGCUCCCUGUGGUUGGUGGCUCCUCGCUUCCCGCAACUUCAGGGUGAGUACCGCAAGCAGGAAACCCGGAAAGAACGUGGUCAGCCUGUGUGGCGACAAGUCAGUGGAGAAGGCUGGAUCUUCAGUACAAACAAGGGACGUUGGUUCAUCAGCGACACCGAGGAAGGGAUUGCCAACAAUCGAGGAGUAUUGGCGAGCACCACGCAGCACAAUGGCAGCGCACCGUAUCAGAUUGAUCAGUGGCAAUUUUUGAGUCAAGGUUCGUGGCAGUCGGACCAGACCAUCUUCCUCACAGAAAAGCAAGCAGAGGCACAGCGCCGCGUUGCUGAGCAGCAACGGGAAGCCGUGAAGCGUACGGACCGUGCCCCAGACAAGGUUUGGAUCCUCUGCCAGCCAAAACCACACCUCCAAGGGGAGUAUGUGAAACAGCCAGCCCGCAUCGAACGUGGCCAAGCGGUUUGGCGCCAGCUCGGGGGCAAUGGCAUUCUGUACAGCAACGGCCUGGGGGGCUUUUGGUGUGUGGCAACCAAAGAAGCCGACGUCCAGAAAAACUUGGGCCUCUUGCAAUGUUCCACGCCGCACUAUGGACGUCCACCUCAUGAGAUGGAGUCCUGGCAAUUUGCUGACGGCAAUACCUGGCGGGUUCACAAGAAUGUGCGUGGCGAGCUCAAAGAGCCAAAUGGGCGCCCUUUCACCCGCUUGAUGCGCCCGAGUCAAAUAGGGUAUAAUAGGGUAAUGUAUGGUAAUGUAUGA